GGGGUCUCGUCCUCUGCCACUCUUGCUCCGGGGUCUCCGCGCCAGAGACAAGGCAGCGCUUUCCCGCCAGCACCCACCUCGCCCUCGCUCGCUCGCCUCUGCUCCCGGAGCCGAUCGCACGGCCCACCGUCACUCUCCCUCCGCCGCUAUGUCCUCCAGGUCCGUGUCCUCGUCCUCCUACCGCAGGAUGUUCGGCGGCUCCGGCACCGCCAGCCGGCCGAGCUCCAGCCGGAGCUACGUGACCACCUCCACCCGCAGCUACAGCCUGGGCAGCGCGCUGCGCCCCAGCACGAGCCGCAGCCUCUAUGCCUCGUCCCCCGGUGGCGCCUAUGUCACUCGCUCCUCUGCCGUGCGCCUGCGGAGCAGCGUGCCGGGGGUGCGGCUGCUGCAGGACUCGGUGGACUUCUCGCUGGCCGACGCCAUCAACACCGAGUUCAAGAACACCCGCACCAACGAGAAGGUGGAGCUGCAAGAGCUGAACGACCGCUUCGCCAACUACAUCGACAAGGUGCGCUUCCUGGAGCAACAGAACAAGAUCCUGCUGGCCGAGCUCGAACAGCUCAAGGGCCAGGGCAAGUCACGCCUGGGGGACCUCUACGAGGAGGAGAUGCGAGAGCUGCGCCGGCAGGUGGACCAGCUCACCAACGACAAAGCGCGCGUGGAGGUGGAGCGCGACAACCUGACCGAGGACAUCAUGCGCCUCCGGGAGAAAUUGCAGGAAGAGAUGAUGCAGAGAGAGGAAGCCGAAGGCACCCUGCAGUCUUUCAGACAGGAUGUGGACAAUGCAUGUCUGUCACGUCUUGACCUUGAACGCAAGGUGGAAUCCUUGCAAGAAGAGAUUGCCUUUUUGAAGAAACUGCAUGAUGAGGAGAUCCAGGAGCUACAAGCACAGAUUCAGGAACAGCAUGUCCAGAUCGACAUGGAUGUUUCGAAGCCUGACCUCACGGCUGCCCUGCGUGACGUACGUCAGCAGUAUGAGAGUGUGGCUGCCAAGAACCUCCAGGAGGCCGAGGAAUGGUACAAGUCCAAGUUUGCUGACCUCUCCGAGGCUGCUAAUCGGAACAAUGAUGCCCUGCGCCAGGCCAAGCAGGAGUCCAAUGAGUACCGGAGACAGGUGCAAUCCCUCACCUGUGAAGUGGAUGCACUUAAAGGAACAAACGAGUCCCUGGAACGCCAGAUGCGUGAAAUGGAGGAGAACUUUGCUGUCGAAGCUGCUAAUUACCAAGACACUAUUGGGCGUCUGCAGGAUGAGAUUCAGAACAUGAAGGAAGAGAUGGCACGUCAUCUUCGUGAAUAUCAAGACCUGCUCAAUGUUAAGAUGGCUCUUGACAUUGAGAUCGCCACCUACAGGAAGCUGCUGGAGGGCGAGGAGAGCAGGAUUUCUCUGCCUCUUCCAAACUUUUCUUCCCUGAACCUAAGGGAAACCAAUCUGGAAUCUCUUCCUCUGGUUGACACCCACUCAAAAAGGACACUUCUGAUUAAGACAGUUGAAACUAGAGAUGGACAGGUUAUCAACGAGACUUCUCAGCAUCAUGAUGACCUCGAAUAAAAAGUGCACAUCCUUUGUGCAGCAAUAUAUUACCAGCAAGAAUAAAAGAGAAUUCCAUAUCUUAAAGAAACAGCUUUCAAGUGCCUUUCCGCAGUUUUUCAAGAGCGCAAGAUAGAUUUGGAAUAGAAGUAAACUCUAGUUCUUAACAACAAAUACUCCUAAAAGAGUUAGAAAAAAGUUUACAACAUAAUCUAGUUUACAAAGAAGUCUUGUGCUAGAAUACUUUUUAAGAAGUAUUUUUGAAUACCAUUAAAACUGCUUUUUUCCAGCAAAUAUCUGACCGACUUGUUUCUGCUUCAAUAAAUCUUUGGAAAAACUC